AUGCGUUGGGGGGAUCUUAUAAAAAUGCUGAUGAAGAUCAUUUAUUCUAAACUAUAUAGGAUACUAUCAACAGAAAAAAUUUUUAAAUAAAUAUUUGUUAUUUACAUAGGAUUAUAUUUAUUAUGUAUAAGAAUUUACCAUUUAAAGAUAUAAAAAACUCCUGGGAUAAUAAGACUACACAUUAUGAAAUAUGAGCAUUUUGGAAUUAAAUUAGUUGAAAUGCAAGCUACUGGACUUAUUGUUGGAGCUCAUAAUUAGUGA